AUGGCUUCAGCUACCAUCGAGAUCCCAUUUCUCGCUUCCCACUACGGCGUCGCUGAAGCUACAUUGACUAGCCUCCUGCAAGCUCCUACGGUCGCUCUCGUGAAUCAACUGCUCGAAAGCAUUUCGUCUAAAGCUCGCGAAUCUGAUGAGCUAAAGUCAGAUAAGCUUCGUCUGGAAGUUGAGCUUGAGAAUGCCGUCCGUGCUAGCGAGUCGAAGAUCAAAGUCUUGAAGGGUUCCGUUGAGAAAGGGUUAAAUGAAAUAUCCAGCCUGCGCACUCGCCUUCAAGAAUCCGGUCAGUUCCUGUACGAAAACGUGAGGUCGAACCUCGAAUCCGAAAUUACUACGUUGAAGUCGUCCACCACCUCCAAUGAAUCGGAAGUCAAUGGUCUCAAAUCCCGCAUUUCGUCGCUCGAGAGUUCUAACCGCGACACUUUGGCUCUUCUAGAGUCUAAAUCUUCAGCCUAUGAUAAAUUAUCCGAAGAACUUUCCUCAACGCACCAGAAGACCGUUGAGCUCAGACGUCAAGUUUCUACCGCUGAACAAAACCUGCAGUCGGCAAACUCAGCCUCUGCGAGUGCUCGCUUCCGGGAGCAGAGCCUUCAACAAGAACUUGAAUUGACUAAAAAGAGCAACGAAUAUUUUGAGACCGAGCUCCAGGCAAAAUCCGCCGAGUAUCUAAAGUUCCGCAAAGAGAAAAAUGCUCGGGUAGCCGAGCUUCAACGUGAAAUCGAAGAGGCUAGUGGAACAAUUGAUCAACUUCGUCGGAGUGAGAAUUCCUUGAAGAGCCGGUUAGAUGACAUUGAACACAAGUACGAAGAGUCGAUUGCUGCCAUGCAAUCCCUCAAGGAUGAAUCUACAUCGACGUCCGAAUCGCUUCGAAUCGAACUGGAAAGCGCCAAUCGUUUAGCAGAGCUUCAGGGCAAUGCAGCCGCAACCGCCAAGCAACGUGUACAAGAGUGUCAGAUUGCACUGGAGAAAGCGCGCGAUGACGCCGCUGAGGAAAUCUCGCGACUUCGCGCUGAAAUAGAGACCGAGCACUCUGACAAGGAGGCUGCGGAACGCAAAGUUACUGAAUUAGAAGCUAGGCUGAACCAAGCUGAAACGCAGGGGCCUUUCAGCCCAAGUCCUAUGAAUGGAGGACCAGCUACGCCACUUCGCCCUUCAACCCCCAUUGGCGCAUUUUCGCCACGUACAUCGAGAUCCCGUGGUGGGUUGACUCUAACACAACUGUAUUCCGAGUAUGAUCGAGUUAGAACCCAGCUUGUGGCCGAACAACGUAACAAUGCCGAACUAAAAGCAACUCUCGACGAAAUGGUUCAAGAUCUCGAGUCAAGCAAACCUGAAAUUGAUGAACUCCGUGCGGACCAUACAAGACUGGAAAACGCAGUAGUGGAAAUGUCGGACAUCCUCGAAACAUCUGGAAAAGAACGCGAUGAAGCGACACGUGAAGCUAGGAAAUGGCGCGGCCAAGUUGAAGGACUUACGAAGGAAACCGAAAUCCUCCGGCAACAACUUCGGGAUCUGAGUACUCAAGUUAAAGUCUUGGUCCUCGAGAUUGCCCUCUCCAAGGAAGGUCAGGAAUACGACAGGGAGGAAUUAGAGAAACUUGCUCGUAAUGAGAUUGACGAAUCGAUGACUUCUCUCAAUGCGACAGGUCGUUUCAUUACGCAAAACCUCACUACAUUCAAAGACCUUACUGAGUUACAAGAACAAAAUGUAACAUUGCGUCGCAUGCUCCGCGAACUGGGCGAUCGAAUGGAAAGCCAAGAAGCUAGGGAAAGAGAAUCAUCUUACCAGCAAGACCAAGAAGAGUUAAAAGAACUACGCAUUCGCGUACAAACUUAUAGAGACGAGAUUGUGAAUCUCACCGCCCAAACCAAGAGCUAUGUGAAGGAGCGUGACACGUUUCGUAGUAUGCUUAUGCGACGAGGCCAAGGCGCUGGUGAUAGUUCUUCGAUAUUCUCUCAGUCUGUUCCUCUUGGAUCAGUACCGCCCACAGUUUCUCAACAAGCCUCUGAUGGUACAGACUAUGCGGAUAUGCUUCGGAAAGUCCAAGCUCAUUUCGAUACUUUCCGUCAAGAAACGGCUACAGAUCAUUCCGCACUCAAACAGCAGGUCAAUGAGUUAUCUCGGAAAAAUAGUGAACUCAUGAGUGAGGCUAGUCGACUGAACAGUCAGCUGAGCGCAGCGCAACAACGAACGGAAUUACUACAAACUAAUUUCAAUAUGCUCAAGAGUGAAAACGUGGAAGUACAGAAACGCUAUUCAAACUUGCUGGAAAAUGUCAAUCGUCAGGAUAUCAAGACUCAACAAGCUGCUGAGGAUUUGGUCGCAGCCAAAGGAAUGAUUGAUAGUCUACAGCGCGAAAGUGCCAAUCUCAAAGCCGAGAAAGAUUUGUGGAAGAAUAUCGAAAAACGACUCAUCGAUGACAACGAAUCACUCAGAAAUGAAAGGAGCAGGCUGGACUCCUUGAACACUAACUUACAAAAUAUACUCAAUGAACGCGAGCACACUGAUGCGGAGAGUCGUCGCCGUUUACAACAUAGUGUCGAGUCUCUUGAGUCCGAAUUACAAUCGACGAAGCGAAAGUUAAAUGAUGAGGUGGAAGAUGCAAAGCGCGCAGCCCUUCGCCGCGAGUACGACCAUGAACAGUCUCAGAAAAGGAUCGAUGACUUGGUCACAAGUCUAAGCUCCGUCCGUGAAGAGUUGAUUGCUGUGAAGACAACACGCGACCACUUACAAACAAAGGUCGAUGAACUCACCGUCGAGUUGAAGAGCGCUGAAGAACGUCUUCAAGUAUUGCAGUCCAAGCCGAGCACGGCGCCUGUUUCUGUUAUAUCGACGACAGAAACGGAGCAGGUUCCAAGCAGCGGCUUGACGCGGGAGCAGGAACUGGCAAUUGAGGUUUCUGAGCUUAAGCGCGAUCUUGAUCUCGCUAGAACAGAUUUGCAACACGCAAAGGAACAAGUAGAAGAUUACAAGGCAAUCAGUCAGGCCACAGAAGAACGCUUACAGUCGGUCACGGAGACACAGGAGCAAUAUCGUGAGGAGACUGAGCGACUUGUGCAGGAGAAGGAGAACACGAUUCAGGAACUUGAAAAACGUGUCGAUGAAAUUUCAUCUGAGCUUUCCGCAACGAACAAUGAGCUCUCCAAGUUGCGCGACGAGCAAGGUGAGGUGGCGAGACGGCUUGAAGAACAAAAAGCUAGCUACGAAUCUGAGAUCACACGCCUAAAAGAUGAAGCCGAGAGACAACUUGAGAACGCACGAACCUAUGAGCAAAGCGUGCAGGCACAGGCCGAAAUCGCUCAGCAAGCUCAACAGAACUACGAGAGCGAGCUAGUGAAACACGCAGAGGCCGCCAAGCAAUUACAGACUGUUCGCUCAGAAGCCAAUCAACUGCGCCUGGAGAUAGUGGACGUAAGGACUCAAUCUGAAAAUUCCAAGAAAGAUCUUUCACAAAAGGAAGAGAGUUGGAACGAACAAAAGGAUCGGUUUGAGAGAGAAGUAUUGGAUCUGCAGAAACGUCGUGAGGAAGUCUUGCACCAGAAUACUCUGUUGCACAAUCAACUUGAGAACAUAACCAAGCAGAUUUCAGCCUUACAAAGAGAUCGCGCAAACAUAGUAUUGAAUGAAGAGGAAGCCGAUGGCACAAGCUCUAGCCUCGAAUCACUUCAAGAAGUUAUCAAGUAUUUGCGGAGAGAAAAGGAGAUUGUUGAUGUUCAGUACCAUCUAUCGACCCAAGAAAGCAAACGGCUUCGCCAGCAAUUAGACUACACUCAGUCUCAAUUAGAUGACACACGGCUCAAGUUGGAGCAGCAACGUCGUGCUGCGGCUGACAGUGACCACAAUAACCUCAGCCACAACAAGCUUGUUGAAACCUUGAACGAACUCAAUGUCUUCCGUGAGAGCAGCGUUACACUACGCAACCAAGCUAGACAAGCUGAAACGGCUCUCGCGGAGAAGACUGCUCGGGUGGAUGAACUUGUUCAGCAAAUUGAGCCUCUUCAAAACAAGAUUCGAGAGCUAGAGAACCUUGUUGAAAGUAAGGAUGAGGAAAUGAAGCUGAUACAUGCUGACCGUGACCGUUGGCAACAGCGCACGGAAAAUAUAUUGCAGAAGUACGACCGCGUUGACCCAACAGAGAUGGAAGCUCUCAAAGAGAAGCUGUCAGCUUUGGAAAGGGAGCGUGAUGAAGCUAUUGAAUUACGUGAUGCCCUGCAACAACAGGUGGACGGUUUCCCAGAGCAACUGUCGAAGACUGCAGAAGACAGCAAGGCAGAGCUUCGUGCCAAACUGACGGAGCAAUUUGUGAAACGAUCAAAAGAACUAAGCGCCCGUAUUAACGCCAAGCAAGCAGAACUCAAUACCAUACAACAAGAGAAGGAAGCGAUUCAACAGGAGCUCACCAAAGCUCUCGAGGAGCUCAACCAACUCAAGUCUAAACCAGCAGAGCAACCAACUACUCCAAUGGAUACUGAGGCCACCACUGUGGCUCCUCCCAUGCCACAACCAGUUACUCUAGCCACACCAGGGGACGAAGAGAAGAUUAAACUCCUGGAAGAAAAGAUCGCGCAAUUAGAGGCUGCUUUGGCUGAAAAGGAGGCUCAGUUUGACGCUAAGCUUAAGGAAAGGUCUGACAAGAUGAAAGAAUCGUACAACAACAAAUUAGCAGAGAUUCGUAAGAAUCACCAACAGGAGAUGGAGGAUCUCAAGACCCAAGUAUCGCAAGAAACCACGCAAACUACGGAUCUCACUGUCCCAGGGACUCCUGCGAAGACUGACGCUGGUGAGCUACCGGAGCUCACAGAUAGUCAAGUUAAAGAUCUUGUGGCCAAGAACGAAACAAUCAAGGGCAUGAUUAAGCGAAAUAUCCAGGCCCAGAUCAAUAGAUUGAAGCCGCAGUUACAACAAGAGGCUCAAAGCCAGGUUGCGGCGGCUGGUCCAGAUCCCGAAGCUAUAACAGAGCUCGAGAAAAAAUUCGCCGAAGAACGAGAGCGCCUUAAGAAAGCAUCGGACGAGGCAACUGACGAGAAGGUCAAAUCAGCGAUCGAAUUGAAUGACAAGAAAAUUGCCGUCAAACUCAGCAUGCUCGAAACGCGCGCUAAAGCCGCGAUGGCCAAGCUCCAAAUUGUUCAGAAAGCUGCUUCUGACACACCAGAGAAGCCUGUACGCGAGGUUUGGGAGGUUGCCAAGGAUGCGAAAGCACCCCCAGCGACUCCAGCAAAACCACCUGCGCCAGCACCGGCAUCCACGCCUGCAGCUCUACAGAAGCCAGCUGCGGAAGUCCAGGGACAGUCGGCACAAGCCAAGACACCUCCUCGUCCUGUUCCUAAUGCUUCUACUGCACCAACUCCAACCCCUGCUCCUGCAGCUACCGGCACUACACCUAUCUCUGGCGCUGCAGCUACUCAGACUCCAACUCAGCAGAAACCGGCACCUUCUCCAUUUGCGGUGAUCAAAGAAAAUCAACAGACAACACAGCCAGCUGUUGCUACCCAAGCCCAACCAGGCCAACAAAAUCAGCCAAGCUCAUUACCUAACAAGGUCCCAACAGGAGGCGUUGGAAACCAUGUUGGCGGCCCGGCCACACUUAGAGCUCUUCAAUCCGGACUCCCAGUCGCGCGUGGGCGUGGUGGACGCGGUGGCCAAAAUGUGGCGGGGGCUCAGGCAACUGAUCAACAAACGCUGCAAGGCCAACCUCAGAGUCAACGUGGCUCUGGUGGGGCGCGAGGAAGAGGAGGACGUGGUCGCGGUGGCCAACACGCACAAGCCGCCAAUGCUUCCCAUAACGCGGCUCAAGGCCAGGAGAGCCCCAACAGCAACAGGGGUGCGCUCAAUGCCGGGGCUCGUCAAUUUAUUCCACAAAGCAAUAAACGUCCGCGCGAGGACGGUGGGGAGACUGGUGGUGGUGACACGGGGGUUGCAGGAAAAAGAAUCAGAGGUGGUGGACAAAGCCGAGGUUCAUGA